AUGGCUGAAAUGCUCGCACCGGCAGGGGGGUUUGGCAAAUUCGUUCUUGUCGUCCUCGCUCUGAGUGUUGUUGGCAACAUGGUGCUGUCCAAUUAUUCAGUCGCCUUGUGUUUGCAGAUGCUUGUUCCUGUAUUUGCCAAGGUGCCACGCUUCUUGUUCAUCGUCGCAACGCUGGCUAACAUGAUUCCCAUGUCGAUCUAUGCGGCUGCUAAAUGGGAGGAGUCCCUUGUUAACUUUCUGUCUGUGAUUGGUUAUUGGGCGGGAUGCUUUGAUGCUAUUAUCAUUGAAGAACUCAUAGUCUUUCGAAACAUGGACUACCGUUCUUAUGACCCCGAGAUAUGGAAUCAAUCACGACGGCUUCCAACUGGACUCGCGGCUAUUGGAGCGUCUUUGGUCAGUCUUGGGUUGGUGGUCCCGUCAAUAGACACGCCGUGGUUCACUGGGCCCAUUGGGGAGCGAAUUGGUGACCUGGGCUUUGAAUCAGCUUUCGUGGUCACUGGGAUGGCCUACUACCCGCUUCGGACCUUGGAACUCAGGGUGAUGGGUCAUGUUUGAGGCAAAUGCACCUAUAAUCCUGCAUGCUUGACAAUGCUCAAAAAAGAGAAACCGAUUCUUCUCCCAGCGUUGCCACUGGAGUGUCCAUAUCAUACUCGGUGGCAUUUAGGUCCAAUGCACUAGUCAAUGAUAGUAGAAACCAUGAUAGAACAAGACUACAGGGAGAGAUGGGGGUUUGGGUUGAGCAAGGGGGGUU